UUUCAAUUAAUAUAGCAAGAGAAGAAUCAAUCAUAAUAUUCUCGAAGCUAUAUACUUGAUACUUACACACACAUGGGUUUGAAUAAUGGUGAAGUGGGUGCUAUUAGCCAUGAGCUUCUUGGAGCUCAAGCACAUGUUUGGAACCACAUGUUCCAGUUCAUAAACUCCAUGUCACUCAAAUGUGCAGUUCAACUAGGCAUCCCAGACGUGAUUCACAACCACGGCCAACCCAUCUCUCUUUCCGAGCUCGUCGCCAGGCUCAAUAUCCACCCUUCGAAAGCUCAUUUCAUGUCACGCCUCAUGCGGAUCCUCGUUCACUCCGAUUUCUUUGCACAACAUGAUCAUGUUCAUCAUGAUCGUGACGAUGCGGAGGAAGAAGUGGCUGUUGUGUUGUAUAGCCUAACACCAGCUUCCGGGCUUUUUCUCAAAGACGGACCAUUAAACACCACACCGUUUUUGCUCAUGAUACUUGAUCAGGUAAUUACAGACCCAUUUCACUCAAUGGGUAAUUGGUUACAGAUGAAUUGUGGCGAUGAUCUAGUUCCAUGUACACCAUUUGAGGUGGCAAAUGGAAUGCCUUUUUGGGAAUUGAGUGCCAAGAAACCGAGGUUUGGUGACUUGUUCAAUGAAGCAAUGGAGGCGGACUCCAAGCUUAUCGCUGGGGUGGUAGAAGAGUGUGGAGGAGUCUUUGAGGGUUUGAAAUCCCUGGUGGAUGUUGGAGGGGGUACAGGAACAAUGGCCAAGGCCAUUGCCAAUGCAUUUCCCAACAUCAACUGCACUGUGUUUGACCAGCCACAUGUGGUGGCUGACUUGGAAGGGAUGACCCACAAUUUGGGAUUUGUGGGAGGAGACAUGUUUGAGGAAAUACCUCCAGCCAAUGCAAUUCUGCUCAAGUGGAUUUUGCAUGAUUGGAAUGAUGAAGAAAGCGUGAAGAUAUUGAAGAAAUGUAGAGAAGCAAUAUUUCUGAACAAAAAUGAGGGAAGGAAGAAGAAGAUUAUCAUCAUAGACAUAGUUGUGGGGUAUGCCGAUAACAAGACGAAGGUGGACAAGAAAUCAAUUGAAACCCAACUCAUGUUCGAUAUGUUGAUGAUGUCCACCAUCACUGGCAAAGAGCGUAGCGAAUCAGAAUGGGAGAAGAUCUUUUUGGCUGCUGGAUUCUCUCAUUAUAACAUCACUCAUAUGCUCGGUUUGAGGUCUCUUAUUGAAGUUUACCCCUGAAAUUAGAUCAUCAUGCUAGACUGCUAGUACUGUAUUAUGUGGAUUGUAUUAUGCAAAUAAAGAAUGCCCAAAAAGUAGCAGGGUACUUUUUUUUUUUUUUUUGUUAAGUAGAGUGUGUCUGCAACUAUGAUUCAACGAUUGUUACUUCCGUUGUGGUUGCAAAGUUUAGGUGAUCAAUGAAUGUUAAGUUUUGAUGCUUGAAAGGA